AUGGCUGGAGAGGCUCCAGUGAUGCUGCCCGGAGGGAGAGAUCCUGUGGGCUGUGCAGUGGGAUGGCUCUACCUGCAGUCAUAUUGCCAUGUAGCUGUGUGGCCUGUUUCAGCCUCUCCUUUGCCUUCAGCAGGUCUGUACGUGCAGACUCUACACUAUGCGAUGAAGUCAGGUGAAAGCCAGGCAGAGAAGCGCCUUGGUGCUUGCAGGAGACGCUUUGUGUGGAGAAAACCUUUUCUUGGAAGGUUAAAUGAUGCUCCAGUAAAGAAGCAUAAGAAAGAUGUGGGUGAGAGAACCAGCAUCCGUCUGUUCUUCCCUGAAUCAGCUCUUCCCAACCCUCUGGAAAACAAUGACAAUGAGACACUGAUGGUGUUUGUCCCAUUCAAACCAGCAGAUUUCAUCUGGCUGAGGGAGGUACUGCUGAAAACAAGGAAUAAGACAAAGGUGGGAUUUUGGCGCCAGCCACCUGGGGAAUGGAACGGGAAUGUCUCUUACCUGCGUAUUCUCAACCCGUAUGUCAUCUAUGAAGCAACGUACAAACUCCUGAAGCUGAAUAUUUGGAGUAUGAGAUAUGCCACCACGGGAAUCAUUGCUUUGAACUUAGCCCUCCAUGUGUGCCAAGAGGUCAACAUUGCAGGCUUUGGUUACCCUGGCAACCAUGACAAUGCUACGCCAAUACAUUAUUACAAUACGGGUCGCCCCUUGCGAAAACAGCUGUUUCAGCACAACAUCACUGCUGAGAGAAAGUGGCUGCUGAAAAUGAUCCAGCAGGGAGCGAUUGCUGACAUUGGCAAGCCUUCCUCCCGGGCCCAGGACCGCUGA